GGCGCGCCGCAGCCUAGAGCCGGGAGGGCCGCGGCCACCGGAAGAGUCGCGGUCGCCAGCCCAGCCGACAGAGUGGGCAGCGGAAGCGGCGGCAGGCGGCGCUGGGACCCGGGGGCGGCCGGAGAACAAGGGAGCUGGCGCCGCGGCCGGGCGCCGAGCUAGGUUGAGCCACUGGGCCGAGCCGAGCGCCACCGCCGCCACUGCCACCGCCGCCGUCAGCCGGCGUCCGAGAGGCCCGGCCCGGCCGCCCGAGCAGGCCGCGCGUGGGCCGCCGGGCCCGAGGCCGGAGCCAUGGGCGAGACCAAGAUCAUCUACCACCUGGACGGGCAGGAGACGCCGUACCUGGUGAAGCUACCCCUGCCAGCCGAGCGCGUCACCCUGGCGGACUUUAAGGGCGUGCUGCAACGACCCAGCUACAAGUUCUUCUUCAAGUCUAUGGACGACGACUUCGGAGUGGUGAAGGAGGAGAUCUCUGAUGACAAUGCCAAGCUCCCCUGCUUCAAUGGCCGCGUGGUGUCCUGGCUGGUGUCAGCAGAAGGCUCGCACCCAGAGCCCGCCCCCUUCUGUGCUGACAACCCUUCAGAAUUGCCACCACCUAUGGAGCGCACAGGGGGCAUUGGGGACUCACGACCCCCAUCUUUCCACCCUCAUGCUGGUGGGGGCAGCCAGGAGAACCUGGACAAUGACACGGAGACGGACUCCUUGGUUUCUGCCCAGCGCGAAAGGCCGCGCCGGCGGGAUGGCCCCGAGCACGCAACCCGGUUAAAUGGAACCACAAAGGCAGAGCGACGGCGAGAGCCGGGCGGCUACGAUAGCUCAUCCACCCUCAUGAGCAGCGAGCUGGAGACCACCAGCUUCUUCGACUCUGAUGAGGACGAUUCCACCAGCAGGUUCAGCAGCUCCACGGAGCAGAGCAGUGCCUCCCGCCUGAUGAGAAGGCACAAGCGGCGGCGGCGGAAGCAGAAGGUCUCCCGCAUCGAGCGGUCCUCGUCCUUCAGCAGCAUCACAGACUCUACCAUGUCCCUCAACAUCAUCACGGUCACUCUCAACAUGGAAAAGUAUAACUUCUUGGGCAUCUCCAUUGUGGGCCAAAGCAAUGAGCGUGGCGACGGAGGGAUCUACAUUGGCUCGAUCAUGAAGGGUGGGGCUGUGGCUGCUGAUGGACGCAUCGAGCCAGGGGAUAUGCUCUUACAGGUAAAUGAAAUCAACUUUGAGAACAUGAGUAAUGACGACGCUGUCCGGGUACUACGGGAGAUCGUGCACAAACCGGGGCCCAUCACCCUGACUGUAGCCAAGUGCUGGGACCCAAGUCCACGUGGUUGCUUCACAUUGCCUAGAAGUGAGCCCAUCCGGCCCAUUGACCCUGCAGCCUGGGUCUCCCACACUGCGGCCAUGACGGGUACCUUCCCUGCCUAUGGCAUGAGCCCCUCCCUGAGCACCAUCACUUCCACCAGCUCUUCCAUCACCAGCUCCAUCCCUGACACAGAGCGGCUAGACGACUUCCACCUAUCCAUCCACAGUGACAUGGCUGCCAUCGUAAAAGCCAUGGCCUCCCCUGAAUCAGGGCUGGAGGUCCGAGACCGCAUGUGGCUCAAGAUUACCAUUCCCAAUGCUUUCAUCGGCUCAGAUGUUGUGGACUGGCUUUACCACAAUGUGGAAGGCUUCACUGACCGGCGGGAGGCCCGCAAGUAUGCCAGCAACCUGCUAAAGGCCGGCUUCAUCCGUCACACUGUCAACAAGAUCACCUUCUCUGAGCAGUGCUACUAUAUCUUCGGUGACCUCUGUGGCAACAUGGCCAGCCUGUCCCUCCACGAUCACGAUGGCUCCAGCGGUGCUUCUGACCAGGACACGCUGGCCCCGUUGCCUCACCCCGGGGCAGCGCCUUGGCCUAUGGCUUUCCCAUACCAGUACCCCCCACCUCCGCACCCGUACAACCCGCACCCCGGCUUCCCGGAGCUGGGCUACAGUUAUGGUGGGGGCAGCGCCAGCAGUCAGCAUAGUGAAGGCAGUCGGAGUAGCGGCUCCAACCGCAGCGGGAGCGACCGGCGCAAGGAGAAGGACCCGAAGGCCGGGGACUCCAAGUCGGGCGGCAGCGGCAGUGAGUCCGACCACACGACGCGCAGCAGCCUUCGGGGCCCGCGGGAGCGCGCACCCAGCGAGCGCUCAGGCCCAGCCGCCAGUGAGCACAGCCACCGCAGCCACCACUCGCUGGCGGGCAGCCUGCGCAGCCCGCACGCGCACCCCAGCUACGGCCCUCCCGGUGUGCCCCCGCUCUACGGCCCCCCGGUGCUCAUGAUGCCCCCGCCACCCGCGGCCAUGGGGCCUCCAGGAGCGCCUCCGGGCCGCGACCUGGCCUCGGUGCCCCCUGAACUGACCGCCAGCAGACAGUCCUUCCGCAUGGCCAUGGGAAACCCCACCAAGAAUUUCGGGCUGUUUGACUUUCUGUGAGUCCCCAGCAAUGGGAGGCUCAGCCUCCGAGGAGACCGAGAACCCUGCUUCCGCCGCCCCUCAGGCUUCCCAAGGAUGUCCAGCCCCACACCCACACCCCAGCAUCACUAGGCUUGGGGAGGGCUCCAGCUUCAUGCAGGCAGGGAGACCUUGUUUGUUUCCAGAGAAAACCAAUCACUCACACAGGCGUGUGCAAAUGCACACACAUGUGCCUAUGCAAAUUCAUGUAAGCCUCAGGGCUGGUCCCUGCAUAGAGGGCUGGACCCUCUCCAGAAAGUGGGGCUGGUCCCCUGACUUCCCUCCCUCAUAGCCCGUGAGCCUGCCCCAUGUGUGCGCAGUGUCUUCCUACCUGGAUUAACCCAUAUGCUGGAUCUCAGGCCGGGUUCAGCAGAGAACCCUCCAGGGGACUAUAGGUCCUCACCCCACCCCAUUCUUCCCUAUUUUCACUGCACCCAAAACAAGGACAGGAGCCACAGGCCAGUUGCAGUUAGGCAAAAGGACUUCUAAAACUUACAGAAUUCUGUUUUUUUUUGUUUUCUUUUUCUUUCUUUCUCUGCUUUAAUCAAAUCAUGCUGUUGUCUCUAAGCCUCCACUCGCACAUUUUCAGGGUUAGGUUACUGGGGGUAAGAUCAAGUCCUCCGCCCAGGUUUGGAGCAAAUUGAAGUAGAGGGAUUUCAUCAUUCACUUAACAAAGAUUUCUUGAGGUUUUUGUGAACAAGGGGCUGUGCUGGAAGGAUGACAGCCUUGCCUGCCAGCCUGGGUUUCCUUCCCAAUCCAGGCCACAGCUUCUCGCCGCCUCUACAGGGCUACCUCUAGCACUUUCCUCUCUGUCUGUCUUGUCCAAGGCAAAGACCCUAGAGAAUUCCUCCACUACAUUUUUUGGGGGUUUGUAUUUCUGUUCCAUCUUUGAUCCACUUCUGUUUUCUCCCUACUCCAAAACACUGUCACCCAUCCAGAUAUCCUCAAAUGCUGCUGAUAAUGCUGGUGAUUGUCAUAUGUAGCUCCAAUCCCAACAUCCUCCAGUCUUU